CGGGUUUUUCGCCUGGCAACCCGGUAGAGGCGACAAUCCCGCAGUAGCCAAUGGUAGUAGAGCAGCGGGGAGGGCGGCGACACGGGUCAGGUGCUCUGCGCUGGGGCUGCGUGCAGGUGAGCCGCUGUGGGAUCCGCAGGCGCCCGUCUCUCGGCCCCCCUCCCUGGGGGACUAGGCCUGACCUCGCUUCCCUGACCCAGACCUUUGCGGACCGACUGGAUCUUAGUGGAUUAUCUUACACUGAGCUGAUCCAGAACUUUGAAAAUGACUCCAAAGCCUUUCAUGGUGUCUUUCGCUCUGGCUGCCCUAACUCUUUCAACUACAUUUUGUCUCCAGCCAGACCAACAAAAGGUUCUGCUGGUUUCAUUUGAUGGAUUCCGUUGGGAUUACUUAUAUAAAGUUCCAACACCCCAUUUUCAUCAUGUCCUGAAGUACGGUGCUCAUGUGAAGCAAGUCACUAAUGUUUUUAUCACAAAGACCUACCCUAACCAUUACAGUUUGGUCACUGGCCUCUUUGCUGAAAAUCAUGGGAUUGUUGCAAAUGACAUGUUCGAUCCUAUUCUGAACAAAUCUUUCUCCUUGGAUCACAUGAAUAUUUAUGAUUCUGAGUUUUGGGAAGAAGCAACACCCAUAUGGAUCACAAACCAGAGGGCAGGACACACUAGUGGAGCAGCCAUGUGGCCUGGAACAGAUGUAAAGAUACAUGACAGUUUCCCUACGUACUAUCUGCCUUACAAUCAGUCUGUUUCCUUUGAAGAUAGAGUUGCCAAAAUCAUUGAAUGGUUUACAUCAAAAGACCCCAUAAAUUUUGGUCUUCUCUACUGGGAAGAACCUGAUGACACGGGCCACAGUGUGGGACCUGACAGCCCUCUCAUGGGGCCUGUCAUUUCAGAUAUUGACCACAAGUUAGGAUAUCUGAUAAAGAUGCUGAAAAAGGCCAAGUUGUGGAAUAAUGUUAACCUAAUCAUCACAAGUGAUCAUGGGAUGACCCAGUGUUCUAAGGAAAGGGUGAUAGAACUUGACCAGUAUGUGGAUAAAGACCACUAUACUCUGAUUGACCAAUCACCUGUAGCUGCCAUCCUGCCAAAAGAAGGUAAAUUUGAUGAAGUCUAUGAGGCGCUGGCUGAGGCUCAUCCUAAUCUAACCGUUUACAAAAAAGAGGAGAUUCCAGAAAAAUGGCAUUACAAGUACAACGAUCGGAUUCAACCAAUCGUAGCAGUGGCUGACGAAGGGUGGUAUAUUUUGCAGAAUAAGUCAGAUGACUUUCUGUUAGGCAACCAUGGUUAUGAUAAUGCAUUAGCAGAAAUGCAUCCAAUAUUUUUAGCCCACGGUCCUGCCUUCAGAAAGAAUGUCACAAAAGAAGCCAUGAACUCCACAGAUCUGUACCCACUGCUCUGCCACCUCCUCAAUAUCACCGCUAUGCCCCACAAUGGAUCAUUCAGGAAUGUCCAGGAUCUGCUCAAUUCAGCAACUCCCAAAGCAAUUCCUUACACACAGAGUACCACACCCCUCCUCAGUAGUGAGAAGCCAGGAGAGUGUGAACAAGAGGAGUCAUACCCGUAUUUCAUAGGGAUCUCUCUUGGUAGCAUCAUAGUGAUUGUAUUUUCUGUAGUUUUCAUUAAACAUUUAAUUCACAGCCAAGUGCCUGCUUUACAAUAUAUGCAGGUUGAAAUUGCCCAACCAUUACUACAAGCUUAAUGCUUCUUCCAAAUGGAAUUGCAUAUUGAAGUGGAGCUUGCCUAAUUAUGUCAAAGGCAAACAUUUCGAAUUCUGGGAAACCAGUUUCAGACAUCUGCAUAGGCCAUCAAGCAGUUAAUCCAUACUUAAGCACAAUCACACGUACAUACAUACAUAUGCACAGAGAGAGCGAAACAUUUGUCCCUGACAAAGAUCAAAAGACGUGAGAGUAUUUCUCCUGUUUUCUCUAGCUCAGUGGGUAGGUAAGAUCUUGCUCUCUUUGGAGCUGGCAUAUAUAAUGUGUAUAUUUCACAACUUUGCACUGUUUAAAGUACCUUCUGCAUUGCACUUUGCUAUCCCAAUUGGUACUUUUCUCUGAAAUGUACUUUAUAGUCACUUCUAAUACCUUGGGUGCAAAUGUCAACCUUUUGUAUCAGUGUCACCGAAUACUGGCGUUUCAUGCACAAAACUGAGGGAAGUUUCUAAUAAUUCUUGAAUAACAUAGAAAUCGAUCUCCUUAAAUAGAAGAAUAAGAAAGUAAAAGCUGGUGAAACUCAGUGGCAUAAACUUUGUACCCUGAAUUUGGGGAGAUGCCUUCCAAGCAGCAGUUUGUAUCUGUGGGCAUUGCAAGCUAGGUUUCUUCACCAAGGACACAGAUUUUCACUUACUUUUUCCUCCAAGUAGAUUCAAAUACCAACAGGUUCAUUCUAAACAUAUUGUUUCUAAAUGCAUAGUUAAUUAUUGCUCUUUGCUGAUGAGCCCUAGUCCUCUGACCUCACAGUAAUGAGGAUACUGUGCUUCUAGAGUUCUUUUCUGUGUAGUGCAGCAGUGGCCGAAGCGCACAGACCAGGCAGUAUCUGCAGUGUUUUCUCUUGCCUGUAAUUAUUUGCUUCUUUGAAAAUGAAAUCACUAUUAAUCACAUUAAAAAUCAAGUGAGAUUAAAAAAAAA